GCAAGUACUUCCAGCAGACCAACCCCACCUUGGGCAUGGCUGAUAACCUUGAGGAGGUGGCCAGAAGAUUCGGAGAAGAGGCGCGCAAAGGCUUGGGAAAGCAAGGGAAUGCAGCCAAGGAAGGAGGCGGAAGCUGGUGGGGGGGGCGCUAAAUGAGCAGGAGUGGAUUCUGCUGCGCUCAGACGAAGAUACUGGCGAGAUGCGGGGCAAGCAACCUCGGCAGCACCUGCUCUUCUGACUCAAGGGUAGCAACGCCUCGGAGUGAAACGAAGCCGAACUCUUGCUUCCCGAUACUGCAGAUCCAUCAAUCACCGCUCAGACUCCCUGGCUCGACCGUUUGUACUAUCUUAGGCCUUGUGCAAUGUAUUAUAUAGCGAUGAUCGGGAGCAAGGCGCUCUGCAUUGGCAUGGAUAGUAGCGUCUAUGAACA